CGACCACUCUUGUCUUGUCCAUUUCAAAAAACCAAUCCAGACGAAAAAAAUGGCCCUUUCGAUGAUCACAAAGAACCGCAACGUCAUAGCAGCCGUCGGGCUCGCUUUUCUGGUAUCGACCGUUGAACUAGCGCCCUUCUUCGACUUGCCGGGUAAAAUCGGUAGCAAAGCUAUGGAAUUCGGGGAUAAAGCUUUAGGAAUAGCUAGUGGUAUAGGCGAAAAAUUCGGUCUAGGUGAAGGAUUCGGCAUUGGAUUAGGAGGCAACAGUGGAGGAAAAGGUGGUAUAGGUGAAGGUUUCGGUCUAGGAGAAAGUUUCAGUAUAGGAGAAGGUUUUGGUAUUGGUCAGGGGGGCGGUAAUGGAGGAGGAAGUGGUAUUGGCGAAGGAUUCGGUUCUGGCCAAGGAAGAGGCAGCGGACAAGGAAACGGUUAUGGUCACGGUCCUGAAUGUGGUGAACCACCACAUGUAAUUAACCACCAUGGACCACCUCCAAAAUGCUAACAAGUAAUUUGUCAACAUUAUGUGUUCGACUAUAAGCUUAAGUAAUAAUUUUUUUCCUAAUCGACCAAUGCAAUGUUUAAAACAUCAAAUAGUAUUAUUAUAUUAUUAUUGUUAUUGUUAACGUUAAUUUGAUCAAUUAUUUUUUUUAUAAUAUUAUAUUUACAACAAUUUUAGUAUAAUUAUUAGCACACGAUACAAUUUAAUAUUUAUUAUAAUACAAUGUACACAUUUUACAUCAUGUAACAAUUUUUAAACAUUUUAUUUUGGUUUUAAUAUUACAUAAAAAGGGAAUAAUUA